CAUAAAGAACAACAAGUUGCAAAACUUUGAAUAGAAAACCUACACUCCCUCCCAAAUUCAACGAUCUCUUCUUAAGUGUUCAAGUCAAACCAAAUCUUCCAAUUUCAUCUCAUCACCUCCAUCUCCAGAUCCAUUUCCUCUCAAUCCAAAAAAAACAUGACCAAACACAAAACAUAAACCAAACAUCAAACUCAACCAUGUCAACUCAACAAGAUUCACCUACCCCAACAACAACAAAGAAAACCAAAAAUCCAUUCUUAUCAAUCAUAACAGAACCAAUAGAAUGGCUAUCAAUGCUAUCACAUCACCUAAACCCAUCUUUCAUAGCAGGAAUCUUCCUUAUAUAUGGUAUAGGACAAGGCUUCACAGGUUCAUUGUUCAAACUAGUCUCAGAUUAUUACUGGAAAGACAUACAAAAAAUUCAACCUUCAACGGUUCAACUUUAUGUUGGAAUAUAUUUCAUUCCAUGGAUUCUAAAACCCAUCUGGGGUAUUCUAACAGACGCUUUUCCGAUAUUGGGUUAUCGGCGCAGGCCUUAUUUUGUAAUUGCUGGAGUUAUUGGAAUGGUGUCUGCCUCUAUUGUGGCCCUGGGAGGAAACAUUGCGGCUGUGGCGGCUUUGAUGUGUUUUCUUGGUGUGUCUGCUAGUCUUGCUAUUGCUGAUGUUACUAUUGAUGCUUGUAUUGCAAGGAAUAGUAUUGAGGUUCCUGGUUUGGCUCCUGAUUUGCAGACUUUGUGUGGGUUUUGUUCUAGUUCUGGUGCUCUUAUUGGGUUUCUUGUUAGUGGUUUCUUUGUUCAUCAUCUUGGUCCACAGGGGUCACUUGGUCUUAUGGCAAUAUUUCCUGCUUUAACAAUUGUGCUUGGUUUUGUGAUCUAUGAUAAGAAAACCACUGGCUUGCAUAAUGAAAAGAAGCAGGGGGCAAUGGAGAGUGUAGGAAAGACAAUAAGAAGCAUGUACAAAACAAUAAAGUAUCCUCAAGCAUGGAAGCCUUCUCUUUACAUGUUGCUUUCGCUUUCUCUUAAUGUUACCACUCACGAAGGCCAUUUUUACUGGUAUACUGAUGCAAAAGCCGGUCCUGCAUUCUCUCAGGAGUUUGUUGGAGUAAUCUAUGCAAUUGGUGCAGUGGCUUCAAUAAUAGGAGUUCUAAUUUACCACAAGUAUCUAAAAAGCUACACAUUUAGAAACUUAAUAUUCUAUGCACAACUCUUAUAUGCAACAUCAGGUGUAUUAGACUUAUUCUUCGUCCUACGUUGGAAUUUGAAAAUUGGAAUCCCUGACUCCUUUUUUGUUGUCAUUGAAGAAACUGCAUUAAGAAUCACAGGCAAAUUAAGGUGGAUGCCAAUGAUGGUCCUUAGCACAAAACUAUGUCCUAUAGGAAUUGAAGGAACAUUUUUUGCUCUAUUAAUGUGUAUUGAUAGCAUUGGUGUCCUUAUAUCCAAAUGGGGUGGAGGGUUACUACUUCGUUUCGUUCAUGUUACUAGAACUGAUUUUAGUAAACUAUGGUUGGCUGUUCUUAUUAGGGACAUUCUUAGAUUUGUUACACUUGUUUUGGUUUUUCUUGUCCCUAAUGUAGGACCUUAUGAAGGGUUGCUUCCUUCUGAGGUUUGUGAAAUGAAUAAGAGUGAUGUAAAUGUUGAUGAAGAAACCUUGGAGCUUGUUCCUAUGAAUGGGAAUAUUAAAGUUUAGAGUAA